CAGCAGCAUUAGUUCAGUCUGCUCCAGUUCAGUUCUGCUCAGAGCCGAUGAUCCUCGCGUGUUCAGAGCUCCUGAAAGACUCCAACAGCUCCAUUCUCCAAGGUCCGGUGGGUUCUGUUCGUGUCGUGAUGGGGUCUUCAUCCUCCUCAUCUUCAGUGGUUCUCCUCCUCCUCAUGCUGUCCUCUCUCUCCGUCGCUCUGGCCUGUAAUAAAGCUCUGUGCGCCAGUGACGUCAGCAAGUGUCUCAUUCAGGAGCUGUGUCAGUGUCGUCCAGCAGAUGGGAACUGCUCGUGCUGUAAGGAGUGUAUGUUGUGUCUGGGCUCUCUGUGGGAGGAGUGCUGCGACUGUGUGGGCAUGUGUAACCCGCGCAGCAUGAGUGAGUCUCCAGCGACGGGCAGAAGUACAGUGGAGGAUCUGUUCCAGCCCAUCCCGUCUCUGUUCCGCGCGCUGACGGAGGGCGACGCUCCCACACACACACUGGUGCUGACGCUGCCGCUAGCAGAAGAGCUGCAGUACCAACACAACCUGCACAACUACCUGGAGACGCUACACAACACACAGCACAACAACACAACAUCUGUGCCAGAGAACAGCAUCCACAGCAGCUACCACACGCAAGAUAAGCAGUGUACAGUGGUGUACUUUGACGAGUGUGUGUCCAUCCGCCAGUGUAAGCAGUACUGUGAGUCGAUGGGGGGCUCUAAGUACCGCUGGUUCCACAACGCCUGCUGUCAGUGUAUCGGGCCCGAGUGUGUGGACUACGGCAGCAAGAGCGUCCGCUGCCUCAACUGCCUCUACUGACACACACUUCCAAUCCGGUGUGUGUGUGUGUGUUUCUCCUGAACUGUGUGUGUCUUUAUGAAGACGCGCCGCUAGCUGCUGUAGGCAACAUGUAAAUAGCUCAAAUACUCAGCUGUGUGUUUUAGAAUGAAGUGUGUGUGUGUGCGCGUGCGUGCGUGCGUGUGUGUGUGUGUUAGAGCAUGUGAGCGCAUGAGCUUGUGUCUGUGUCAGUACUGAUGGACUGCUCUGUAGUUGUGUGCAUCUCAGUUCUGAUUGGCUCUGCUGCAGGCGUGUGUGUGUGUGUGUGUGUGUGUGUGUGUGUGUGUGUGUGUGUGUGUGUGUGUGUGUGUUCACAGGUGUCCCAGUUUCAGCACAAAGAGCUCAUUUAUGUCCAUCAGCACAGACUGUAGCUCAUCAGCACACACACACACACACGCACACACACACUCUGUCUGCUCAUCUUCUCUGAGUGAGUGUGUUUUAACACACACAGCUCUGCUUUCUGAUUCAGUGUUGAACAGACUCACAGGUUUGGAGGAUGAAGAGAUGACAGCGCUGACCUGUCUUUAGUGAUGAUGAUGAUGAUGGUGGUUUACUGAACUAGCUGAUGAAGAUCUUCCUGUAAAUAAUCCCUCACAUUAAACUCUUCUCCAGCUUGAUCUUCCACACAAGAGUGCAUCGUCGUGUUUUCAUUAGUGUCGGCUCAGAGAUCAUCAUCAUCAGUUCACAGUGUAUAAAGAGUGUGUAGAACUCCUGGCCUUCAUAUUUGACUACACAAUCAUUUCCUCACGCACGCACGCACACACACACACACACACAGAGAGUGUGGUAUCAGUCAUUCUUCAGAGCAGCUUUAGACUGUUAGAUGAUGUCCAUCAUUGAUCAUCUCUUACUCUGUUAUCACUGCAGUACAGCUCUGAGGAAGUGUGUGUGUGUUUCACUGGAUGAUGAUGAUGAUGAUCUGAGCUCAGAGUUUCACCUCUCUCAUUAGUUUUACAACACUUGAUGUAUUUCUCAGCAGUCAGUCAUCAGUGUAGAUCACAGCAGCAGUUUCUCUUUCCUCCAACACACUGCCCAUGCUCCUGGACGUGCAUCAUCUGCUCUUAUGACUGGAGUCAUUAUAAAUGUUGAACUGAUCUAAAUCUGUCAGGAUCAUUUUAUAAACAGUUUUUAAUCUUUACUUUUCUUGAAAAUGUUGUCUAAACUGAGCAGUUUAAUGACUGAUUUACAGAGCUCUGUGUGUGUGUGUGUGUGUGUAGGUUCAGUUCCAGUGUGUACUGCAGUAUUGUUCAGUUGUGCUCAGCUCUACACACAGGAAGUGUAUGUAUGUUGUAAAUAAGUGUGUGUUUAUUCUGCAUAAUGCUGCUGUCAAUAAAUUAGACCAGUAAACAUG